CCCAGGCGAAGAGGGUGGGGCCUGCGGGCGCCGGGGGGGAUCUCCUAGGGAGCGCAGAGGCGGGCUGCUAGAGGCGUCAGGGACACCAGUCAGUUCGAGCUGAGAUCCGGAGCUGCUCUGCCGGGGAGGCGGCUGACAGUCUCCGCCUUCUCUCCCGGUUCGCUGGAGCUGCGGCUGGGGCUGGCGCUGACCGAACGCCUCGCGGUUGGUCUCCGAUGCCCUUCGGCGAGGAGGGGGCGUCUGGACCCUGGUGAGCGCACCCGGAGCCCCCCCAACUCGGUGUCUUCACCCGCCCCUCGGGCCCGCACACCCGUGUGUCUGCCAUGGCUGAGAACGCAGAUGGUGACCUGAACUCCAACCUGCUCCACGCCCCCUACCUCACCGGGGACCCCCAGCUGGACACGGCCAUCGGGCAGUGGCUGCGGUGGGACAAGAAUCCCAAAACGAAAGAGCAGAUUGAAAAUCUCUUGCGGAAUGGGAUGAACAAGGAACUGCGUGACCGUCUUUGUUGCCGGAUGACUUUUGGGACAGCAGGACUUCGAUCUGCCAUGGGGGCAGGGUUUUGCUAUAUUAAUGACCUUACAGUAAUACAGUCAACACAGGGGAUGUACAAAUACCUGGAGAGUUGUUUUUCAGACUUCAAGCAGCGAGGCUUUGUUGUUGGGUACGACACUCGGGGUCAAGUAACCAGCAGCUGCAGCAGCCAGAGGCUUGCUAAACUCACUGCUGCAGUGUUGCUUGCUAAAGAUGUUCCUGUUUACCUUUUCUCGAGAUACGUUCCUACACCUUUCGUACCAUAUGCAGUGCAGGAGCUCAAAGCAGUUGCAGGUGUGAUGAUUACUGCAUCUCACAACCGCAAAGAGGACAAUGGAUACAAGGUGUAUUGGGAAACUGGUGCUCAAAUUACAUCUCCUCAUGAUAAAGAAAUUCUGAAAUGUAUAGAAGAGUGUGUGGAACCAUGGAAUGGUUCCUGGAAUGAUAAUUUAGUGGACACCAGCCCUCUGAAAAAAGAUCCUCUCCAGGACAUCUGCAAGAGAUACAUGGAAGACCUGAAAAAGAUCUGUUUUCACAGGGACUUAAAUUCGAAGACCACCUUGAAGUUUGUGCAUACCUCCUUUCACGGAGUUGGUCAUGACUAUGUGCAGUUGGCUUUUCAAGUAUUUGGUUUUAAGCCUCCAAUUCCGGUCCCAGAACAGAAAGAUCCAGAUCCAGAGUUCUCUACUGUUAAAUGCCCAAACCCUGAAGAAGGAGAAUCUGUGCUGGAACUCUCCCUAAGACUGGCAGAGAAAGAAAAUGCCCGGAUAGUGCUAGCCACAGAUCCUGAUGCAGACCGGCUGGCAGUAGCAGAACUUCAGGAGAAUGGUCACUGGAAAGUUUUCACAGGGAAUGAGUUGGCAGCUUUGUUUGGGUGGUGGAUGUUUGAUUGCUGGAAGAAGAGCAAAUCGGACGCUGAUGUGAAGAAUGUUUACAUGCUGGCCACCACCGUCUCUUCUAAAAUUCUAAAGGCGAUUGCACUGAAAGAAGGAUUCCACUUUGAGGAAACAUUACCAGGCUUUAAGUGGAUUGGAAGUAGGAUAAAAGACCUCCUAGGACAUGGGAAAGAAGUCCUUUUUGCAUUUGAAGAGUCUAUUGGCUUUCUGUGUGGAACCUCCGUAUUGGAUAAAGAUGGAGUGAGUGCAGCUGUGGUUGUUGCCGAGAUGGCCUCUUUCCUGGAAACCAGGAAGGUGACCCUGACAGAGCAGCUGGCCAAAGUUUAUGAAAAAUACGGUUAUCACAUGUCCAAAACUUCAUAUUUCUUGUGUUAUGACCCACCUACCAUCAAAACUAUAUUUGAAAGGAUUCGCAAUUUUGAGUGUCCAGGGGAGUACCCAAAGUUCUGUGGGGCCUUUGCUAUCUUACAUGUACGAGACAUAACGACUGGAUAUGACAGCAGCCAGCCCAGUAAGAAGUCAGUACUGCCCGUGAGUAAAAACAGCCAAAUGAUCACGUUUACUUUUCAAAAUGGCUGUGUUGCCACUCUUCGAACAAGUGGGACAGAACCAAAGAUAAAGUAUUAUGCGGAGAUGUGUGCAUCACCUGGCCAGAGUGACACUGCCUUACUGGAAGAAGAAUUAAAGAAGCUCAUUGACGCUCUGAUAGAGAAUUUUCUUGAGCCCAGUAAGAACGGCCUGAUCUGGCGUUCUGUAUAGGGCACUGCAGAACAUUACCACUUUGCACUGACAUGGAACGAAGAACUCUAGACAGUGAACCUUGUGUUGGAAUUCUCUCAUCUGCCAAGUUAUCUUUCCCCUUCUCUUUCCUUUGUUCAGCUAAAUAGAUUAUAUAUAUAUACAUUUGAAAUGAAAAUGUUUUCAUAAUCUUAAAUGACAGUCAUUACGUUGAAAGUGUUCAGUGCCCUCCAUUCCUCCUGUGUCACAAACAGUACAAAAGUGAGUUUGCUUAUUAAACUGUGGUUAAGCUUAAUUACAUGAUAUAAUUGUGUAUAGCAUGGUUUAAAAGAAACAUUAUAUAAUAUAGGGUUAGUUAAGGAAAUUAUUUCUUAAAGGUGUGUAUGAUGCCUGGGGUGUUCCACACCCAUUGUGGAAAAGUAUCAUUGUCAUGAUGGUAGGUAUUGAUUUUCAAGUUAGAAACCCAGGUUGGUGGCACAUUCCUGUAAUUACAGCCCUCAGGAGGCUGAGGCAGGAGGAUCAUUAGUUAGUUUAUGGCCAGCCUGGGUUGCACAGAAAAAUUCUGUCUCAAAAAAAAAAAAAAGUUUAUAGGUUUUUUGGGGUUUUUUUUGUUUUUUUUUUGUUUUGUUUUGUUUUGUUUUUUUUUUUUUUUUUGGUUUUGUGACCUAGGACAGAUGUCACAGUCUGUGGUUUUUACCUCUGUCUCAGGUGCCCUUGCUAUGGUGUAUAUUUACUGUAUGUAUUUAAGACUGAUGUUUACUGAACAUAAAACAAUAGUGGCAACUCUCCCAGUGGCUUUGUUCUUGUCUAAUUUCUCAGUACAUUCUCAGGGUGCGGUGUGAACGAAACAGUGUUCCGGCAUUGGAUAUAAUUUUAUCAGUCCAUUUUCUGAUGGUUAAGGGAAAUCUUCCCAACUGUAUAGGUGCUUCCUAUAUAGAAAACAGGUUUGUUGGCUCUAAAAACGGUUGUAGAAAAAAAGAUCUUAAUAAAAUCUGGCUUAAUGUAA